AAACUCAAACCCUUCGUGCUCAGCUUGCCGCCGCUGGAGGUGCUGGCCGCCGGGAUGAUGAGGUACACAAGGGGCGAGCUCGAGGCGCUCAGAGGCGCGCCGUCACCGGAGGCGCAGGCGCUGCGGUGGGGCGAGGCGCUCGCCGCCCUCGCCGCCGCGGGCUUCUCCGGGGAUUACGAAGCGCUCCUCGCCUCCGACGAGCCGGUGAAUAGGAGGGGGAGGAGGGCGUCCGGGGGCGGGAGGAAGGCUGCGGCGCCGCAGUUCUCCGAGGCGACAGAGGCGGGAGCGUGGAGGAAUGGGGAUUCGGGGGCUCAUCGGGCGAUUGGGGAGCCGUUCGAUCAGUGUGAAGGUGUGGAGUGCGAUGAAGAUGACAGUGAUGAUGAUUAUGACGGCAUUCUGAAGCCUGCGUUUGCGGUUGAUGGGGAGCCUGAUUUCGAGUCCGGAGAGCCGCUAGAUGGCUUCGAGUAUCUCCGGCGUGUCAGGUGGGAAGCUAACCAAAUUCCUAGAGUGAAGGUGGCCAAGAUAGAUUUGGGUGCAGCUAGAAAGGAGCAAACACCUUAUAUGCCGGAAAUUCCUGACAUACCGAAGUGUUCAUCUGAUUUGUGUGCAUCAAAGGAGUGGGAGGACUCGUUUAUUACAUAUUUUUCAGAGACAAGGCUGACUUUCUCAGAGCUUGACAGCUCUGACGAACCAUCUGUAUCGGGAGCGCCAAAGAACUCUUUAAAACCUGGUAGCAGCCCCGAGAUGCAGAUUAACCCGACGCUGACGAUGAUUCGCAACAUGGACGCAGUUUCAAGGGCUACAACACUGCGAAACUACACUGAUAUGAUCCAAAGCUUUGAUACACUAUCAAGGAAUGACUGCCUGUGGCUGUUUGCACUAUGUGUUACUGUUCAGCCACCCUUGGACGCAGAGACAUGUGCCUCGCUGAGGUCGCUUUUGCGCAAGUGCGCAACCAUCCUCGCGGCCAAGACAGAUAUGGAUGAUGAAGUUGUAAUGCUGAACAUACUCAUGUCCAUCUCAGGCAGGUACUUUGGGCAGUACGAGAAGUGAGAUAGGGCUAGAGAAAUAGAUAGGGCUAGAUAAUUGCAUCAUCUUGUUUGUGAGUUGGAAUCAACUAACAGAAGUUGUAAAUGGCACUCGCUACACUUGUUUUGGUGAAUCUUUUUGCUGAUGAGGCAUCAUAUACAUCUUCCGAAGACU